GUUUCUCUCAUCCAGCCUCAGCUCCACACAUACACACACGCUGGGAUCAGCUGCGCGCUCGCAGUAGUCCGUGAGUCCCUUCCCCCCGCGGCCUGGCUGCUGAUGAGAUGAGUGGAAGAUGUCGGUGUCGGGGCUAAAGGCCGAACUAAAGUUCCUGGAGUCUAUCUUUGACCCAAACCAUGAACGAUUCCGAAUAAUAGACUGGAAGCCCGAUGAACUGAGCUGCCAAUUUAAUGUGACGGGAGAAAAGCUACUUAUUAUUCACUGCAAUAUCACGGAGUCUUACCCUUCCACCUCACCGAUAUGGUUUGUUGACUCCGAUGACCCAAGUCUGGCGGAAGUCCUUGAACGACUAGAUGAUGUUAGAAAAGGCAAUACUUUGCUCCUGCAGCAGCUGAAAAGGCUGAUCUGUGAUUUAUGCCGACUCUAUAACUUGCCCCAGCAUCCUGAUGUGGAGAUGCUGGACCAACCACUUCCUGCUGGACCCAUCAGUCAAGACAGGAAGCAUGGAACAACAGAUGAAGUGACCUCAGAGGAAGAAGAGGAGGAGGAAAUGCCAGAGCAGGAUAUUGAAGAUCUCGACCACUAUGAGAUGAAAGAGGAGGAACCGGUCGAUGGCAAAAAGUCAGAGGAUGAUGGCAUUGAGAAAGAGAAUUUGGCCAUUUUGGAGAAGAUCCGUAAGAAUCAGAGGCAGGACCACUUGAACGUAAGUGUCCAUUCGGGUGCUGUUUCUGGUUCAGUUCAGGCCUCUGACCGUCUCAUGAAGGAACUCAGGGAGAUCUAUAGAUCGCAGAGUUAUAAGACAGGUAUCUAUUCAGUGGAGUUAGUCAAUGAUAGCCUGUAUGAGUGGCAUGUCAAGUUAAGGACGGUCGACCCAGACAGUCCGUUGCAUAGCGACUUGCAGGUUUUGAAGGAAAAAGAAGGCAUGGACUACAUUCUGCUCAAUUUCUCUUAUAAAGAUAAUUUUCCUUUUGAUCCUCCCUUUGUACGGGUUGUGUCUCCUGUCCUGUCUGGAGGCUAUGUUCUUGGAGGAGGAGCCUUAUGUAUGGAGCUACUUACAAAACAGGGCUGGAGCAGUGCCUACUCAAUAGAGUCAGUCAUCAUGCAAAUCAACGCCACCUUAGUCAAAGGGAAAGCCAGAGUGCAGUUUGGAGCAAAUAAGAAUCAAUACAAUCUUGCCAGAGCACAACAGUCAUACAAAUCAUUGGUUCAGAUUCACGAAAAGAAUGGCUGGUACACACCUCCUAAAGAAGAUGGCUAGAAGAAGCAUUGAUCCUCAUGCACACUGCAAACAUGGGAUAUCUGGUCAAAACGUUGCUUUAUUUUACUAAUGUCAUUCACCUUUUUGAGUAUGAUGCGCUCUCAUCCAAGUGGAAACCAUCGGUAGGGAAAGCGUUUGGCCUCUUGCGCUCUGGAAUGCUCGGAAAUAUGCGUCAUCCUUUUAUCUUCUGCGCGGCUGGACUUUUUUGACCAGAUCCCAUGCCUGUAUCGCACUUCGAUGCAUGGCAUCUGGAUCUUUCUCUGUUCCUCAUGGUCUCUUUCAUCUCUCAAUUAUUUUCUCAUACACUGACAGGACGUUCAGAGCCCUGGUACUAACAGGCUCCAUCUAACACGGAAUUUUGAAAUCUUAAAGGUGUGCUUUUUCUUUGUUGCUUCCUUGCCCCUCCUGACUUCUCUGUCUGGAGAACGGCGCUGUUCUGGAUUAACACAUAGACGGAUGUGCUCAACAAUGAUGCUGGAUCUGAUCCUCUAUGUUGGCUUUUAAAGGACGUUCUUAUGGCCCUGCCAUUUUGACUUCGAGUGGUCGUUUGCUGAACUUAAAACAGGAAUUGGACGCAAUGUGAAGACAAUGUGCCACUGCUCAUGUAUUUGACUUUGCUCAUGAAUUCUGAGUUAACAUGUACUGGUACAUUUAAUGCUGAUGGAUUGUUACUUGCCACAAUUCUAUGCUCAAGCUUGUUUAGCAACCCUAAUGUUAACCGCGAGAAAAAAGGGGCGGUUGUAUGACUUCAGCUCCGAAGCUCGUGUUUUCCACAAAGGAUGAAUUCCACUCGAUUUCCUUAUCGAUCGCUUUUAGCAUGUGACUGAUCUGACCAAUAAUGGACAAACUCUUGCUUUGAAAGGGUGAAGCAGAACAUGCCAUAGCUCUACAAUUCAACAGAGCUUUACUUGUAUACUUGUAAAUGGAUAUGAGGCGUCUUAAAUGUGGUGUUAAUGUGAAGUGGGGGAGUAAUCAGAGUUGUUUUCACGUGAGACUUUUGAGUCUCAAAAUGGGGGCGGGGGGGGGGGGGGGUUGUCGUUCCUCAAAAAAUUGCUCAAUACUAGGGUAAUAUCUUAAAAAUUGUAUUUAUAUACGUGAAAUGAACAGACGUUUUUUCCCACCAAACUGUCAUAAUCUUUGCUGUUUUGAAAGGUAUUCAAUUUCUGCUCCAUUACAGAUUACAUGCAUUUGAGGUUUACAUUAAUGAACCUCUUUGUUUCAGCAGUACUUCAAUUUGAGUACCAUUAGUUUCGUUGUGAGCAUAGAUGGAUUAAAUUUUGCAAGUAAUCCUGUUCUCAUAGCACAACACUACAAGAGCACUGUUACUUUCCAUGAUCUGUGGACAAUUCUCAUGAUAAGACGUUGUUUUAUACCUCUCAGAUUUAUUUCUUGCAUAGUCUUAAUGGUCAGUGCUUCAAAGUGCACAUUGAAGUUCAUAUUGCUCUGUCCCCGUACAACUGUGUUGAAGCGUAAAAAUUAAAACAAAUGAAUUCUCAAAGGCUGGUGUAUCUGAAGGUUUCUCUCAGUUUUCAUUGAAAUCCAUUCUGUUCUUUCUUUGAUGCGUUUGUUAAGAACCUCUUUUGGUUUCAUUAAACAAAGCAGUAGUAUUUUUACCAGCUUCCUCUGGCCAGUAUAACUUUAGUAUUUAAUAAAGGACCUUGUUAUUCCAUAUUGAUAAGUGUUUAAUGCCUAUGGUAAUUUGACAGCUGUGGCUCAAAAAUAUAAAAGAAAUCCAAAUGUUCCUUAUUUUUUUAGUUCAAGCGAACCCUCUCAGAUUUAUAAACCUUUGCAGUUGUAAAUAAUUUGAACUCAGCAUUUGCACAUAAUGUUGUGACUGUUCCUCUUUGAUCUGCAGUUUAAGAGGGUCCUGAGUUUUCAUUCUUAUCCUUCCCGAGUGUCCAGCAUCACAUAACAGACCAUCUCUUGCAUACGUUGCUUUUAUCCUUAACAUGGAUGCAAAUGUAAUCUUGUACUACAAUCACACAUUAAUGUAAUUCAAGAGUUGUGACAGAAUAUUUUAAAUAACUUUGUCUGUUUUGAAAAUUAAUUCUACUGUCUGGUUUUGUGCUCGGUCAGUUUCAUCAAUGAGAAUUUAGAAGACCCUUCCAACUGAUGUUCCUUUAAAUAUUACACUUUUAUACAAGAUUUAUCAUCUCCGAAAAAACAGCUGCAUUCUCUAAAAGUGAUUGACAGUGUUGUCUGCAUUGACCAAGGUUUCUGUGACUGAUAGUCUUUAGUCUGUUUCCAUGUCUGAACAGUACAUAUUCUGUAUUUUUUUUCUGUGAACGCGAACCUCACAUAACCAACAACAGAAUUUUGUGCACUCUAAGAAUGGAAUGGUUCCCUACGCUCACACAGUCCGCAUGCUUUCUGGGUUUUUUAUUUGAGGUUUUUUCAUGAUGAGAAUUUUGACCAUGUACAGUGUAUUUGUAAACUUGCAUCAAGUUUAUAAAUAAAGAAUUUUAUGAGGAACCUU